AUGCUUAUGAGAAUUUCAAGAUAUUUUUUUCUUUUGUAUUUAAUAAAGGCACAUCUUGAUUCGUUUUCAAGAUAUGGGACCCGCUUUCGACAGUCAACCCUUGAAACAUAUAUAGAUAGUGGUGAUGUGACAUAUAAUAAUUUUAUUAUAAACAAAAGAUUACUUAAAGAACAUUCAAACUGUGAUGCAUGGUCUGAGUGGAGUGCAUGCUCUAAAACAUGUGACUAUGGAGUAAAAAUCCGAGUAAGAAUAAGUACAGAUGAAAAGAAAUCACAUGGAUGUCAUAAUAUUACAGAAUCUACAAUUUGUCAUAUACAAAUAUGUCCUGAAACUUAUGAAGAAGCAGAAAAAACUUAUUUACAAAAUAAAGAAAAAGAACAAAAGAAAAAAUUCAAAACAAAAUAUAUUUUAAUCUUUACUAUUUUUUCUGUAAUUAAUAUUAUAGUCUUAUUAAUAUGUCUUAUCUUAUCAAUCAAAAAAAAAAUUAUCUAA